UGUGGCUUCUAUGGAAUGUAUGAUAAGAUCCUGCUGUUCCGCCAUGUCCCAGACUCAGAGAACAUCCUCCAGCUGGUGAAAUGUGCUACAGACAUCACAGAGGGAGACCUGGUGGAGGUGGUGCUAUCAGCCUCUGCAACAGUGGAGGACUUCCAAAUCCGCCCCCAUGCCUUGUUUGUUCACUCCUACCGGGCCCCUGCCUUCUGUGACCACUGUGGAGAGAUGCUGUGGGGCCUGGUGAGACAGGGCCUCAAGUGUGAAGGUUGUGGUCUGAACUAUCACAAGCGCUGUGCGUUUAAAAUCCCAAAUAACUGCAGUGGUAUACGCAAGCGGAGGUUGUCCAAUGUCUCUCUGACCGGCUUGACCACCCUGACCACCACACGGUCCAAUGAGCCUUCGCCUUUCACCUCCGACGAGGCCUUACUGUCUUCUGUCAACUCCGGCAUGGAGCAGAAGGCACAGUCAGACAUCUUUCCCGGCAGAGAGAGAAGGUCCUCUUCCUACACCGGCCGGCCCAUAGAGUUAGACAAAAUCCUCCUGUCCAAAGUCAAGGUGCCUCAUACGUUUGUCGUCCACUCCUACACACGCCCCACCGUCUGCCAACACUGCAAGAAGCUACUCAAGGGUCUGUUCCGUCAAGGCCUGCAAUGCAAAGAUUGCAAAUUCAACUGUCAUAAACGAUGUGCGCCCAAAGUGCCAAACAACUGCCUUGGAGAAGUGUCUAGAAAUGGAGAACUACUGAGCCCAGGGGCGGAGUCUGAUUUGGUGAUGGGGCAGGGUUGUGACGACCACGACAGUGACAGGAACAGUGGUCUCAUGGAUGACAUGGAGGAGGCCGUGGUGACUGACACUGGCCUGCUGGAGGCUGGCCAUGGGGAAAUGGGAGAGCUCCACGACCCAGAGGACGACUCCAACAGGGCUAUAAGCCCAUCUACUAGCAACAACAUCCCGCUGAUGCGAGUGGUCCAGUCAGUCAAACACACCAAGAGGAAAAGCAGUAAUGUCAUGAAGGAAGGUUGGCUAGUGCACUUCACCAGUAAAGACACUCUGAGGAAAAGACACUACUGGAGACUGGACAGCAAAUGCAUCACACUUUUCCAGAAUGACACAGGAAGCAAAUACUACAAGGAAAUUCCAUUGUCAGAGGUGUUGUCUCUGGACCCAGCCAAGACCUUCAACCUGCUGUCUGAGGUCUCCAACGCCCACUGCUUUGAGAUCGCUACAGCCAGUCUGGUUUACUACGUAGGGGAGAACCUGGCGAGGCCCAAGGGCCCGGGGAGCAUGUCGGCCCACGGCAGUAUGCUGGUCAGUGGGGUCGGGCCGGACGUCGCCCGUAUGUGGGAGAUCGCCAUCCAGCACGCCCUCAUGCCCGCCAUCUCAAAAGGACUGUCGCACGGGUCACGCCACGGUGGCCACAAUGAUGUUUCCAUCAGCAUUUCAGUGUCCAACUGCCAGAUUCAAGAGAACGUGGAUAUCAGCUCAGUGUAUCAGAUAUUCCCGGAUGAAGUCCUAGGAUCGGGGCAAUUUGGGAUAGUUUAUGGAGGAAAGCACCGAAAAACUGGUCGGGAUGUAGCAAUUAAGAUCAUUGACAAGUUACGCUUCCCUACCAAGCAGGAGAGCCAACUACGCAAUGAGGUCGCCAUCCUUCAGAACCUGCAUCACCCUGGGGUAGUGAACCUGGAGUGCAUGUUUGAGACGCCGGAGCGCGUCUUCGUCGUCAUGGAGAAGCUCCAUGGAGACAUGCUGGAGAUGAUCCUGUCCAGUGAGAAGGGGAGGCUGCCUGAACGCAUCACCAAAUUCUUUGUCUCACAGAUUCUUCAGGCUCUUCAUCAUCUCCACUUCAAGAACAUCGUCCACUGUGACCUCAAACCAGAGAACGUCUUGCUGGCGUCCUCUGACGCUUUUCCACAAGUGAAGUUGUGCGACUUUGGCUUUGCCCGCAUCAUUGGAGAAAAGUCUUUCCGUCGGUCAGUGGUGGGCACUCCGGCCUACCUGGCCCCUGAGGUCCUAAGGAACAAAGGCUACAACCGCUCCCUGGACAUGUGGUCUGUGGGGGUCAUCAUCUACGUCAGCCUCAGUGGUACCUUCCCAUUCAACGAGGACGAGGACAUUCAUGACCAGAUCCAGAACGCUGACUUCAUGUACCCACCCAACCCCUGGAAGAAGGUGUCCCAGGAAGCAAUUGACCUCAUUAAUAACUUGCUGCAAGUCAAGAUGAGGAAGCGCUACAGCGUGGACAAGUCUCUCAGCCAUCCGUGGUUACAGGACUACCAAAUGUGGCUGGAUCUGCGCAGCCUAGAGUGGAAGAUGCACCAGCGCUACAUCACGCACGAGAGCGAUGACACCCGCUGGGAACGCCACGCCGAACAGCACGGCCUGACGUACCCUGCCCACCUGGUCAACCCGCACGCCGACGUCAGCGAGGGGGUGGAGGCAGAGGAGGCGGACACCAUGACUGCCCUCAGCAUCAGGGUCAAUAGUGUAAACGCUGGGCUGCUGCCCCAUUAAGAGUCAGCAUGCUGCAGUACUGUACACUGCUGCUACCGCCCCCUUAAGAGCCUGCUCACUCCCUCCACAACACACCACAGCACAACGGACUGACUGACCCCUCCACUCCCAGCCAGGAACUAGGAGCUCGAAACCCUGCCUUUCAACUAACUGCCUAAUGAACAAAGAUUCUCAUUUCCAAUAGUCUGUAUAUCAGUCAACCAGGUGUAUUGCCUUACUGCUUAAUGUAAGUGAAUCUAAUGACUAAUACUGUAAUACUCUGGGUAUGAGGGAUCAUCCAGGUGUACUGCAUGUUAAGUCAACAGCAGCAACCAAUCACUUCAAAAAAGCAUUUUUUUGUGAUGAUGUGGCCGGGGACACUUUGCUUCUUGAAUGUCCAAUAUCUUGAAAACUUGACUGCUGACAUCCAAAACAUUUUGGGACUAGUUUUUGAGUGGAUUUCCACUUGAAGUCAACAGCAGAAACCAAUCCCCCCCCCCCCCCCCCC